CAACCCAACAAUUACCUAUACCCUCAGCUAAAAUAAUUGAUAACCCGCUGAAGCCGUGAGCUAUCAUCACAGCUGAAUUCUUCAUGCCAGACUAGCCCACCUGAAUAUUUCAUUGGUAUCAGCACCGAGUGGUCACUCGUGGUCUAGCAAUAUCGAUUGUUACUUUGUCGUGCGUGAUUAGACGUCAGGCAGGAGUGUGGAACAAAUCGAUUUUUCAAAGCCGGUCGUCAUGCCAGUGCCAGUAGUUACUCUGCCAAAGGCCACAACGGCUUGCCCCAGAUCCAUCGAUAAGUGAGAACAGGAAUAAUUAGAUACUGAGAAGGGGGUUGUGAUUAAUUGGCAUUGAGUGGAAACCAACGAAGCAUAAAAUAAUAAAGAUUCACGUUCCAAGAUAAAGUAGGCAUCUUAGACUGCAGGUGAAGUGAGGAAGUUGAGCGUUGGCGAUGUGCCAGAGGUGGAAAAAAUACUUGGCUAGUGAAUAGCAUGCAAAUACAUGAGAAUGGCGCGAUUCGCUUACGAAUGCAGUGUCGAUACCAAGGGAAAUAAUACGAGUGAAGGACCAAGUACGAUAAAACCAGCGCCAUGUCAAGCAAGUAAUAUUUGUCUCUACUGCUGCUGUGAGCCGCAGUGUUGCUUCUUAAUACAGAGGAAUACGCCGAAACAUUUCUGGGAGGCAUGGUACUUCUGGCUGGGAAUAGCGCUAUUGAUUCUCUUCAUUAUUUCAUCAGUAGCAAGUUACGUCAUCAGCAGCUGUCGUCAAAACAUCCAAGCAUUAACAGGUACCACAGCAGCCGGGAAUGUCCGUGCUGAUCAGAAUGCAACAAAUGAAAUUUCAGUCCACGUGAUACCAAACACCGGUGUCCUUCCGUCCCACCACAAACUCCUGCUCUGCGCACCGGAGUCCAGUUCCUCGUUGAUGACUCCAAUCGUUGCCUAAGCAUCAUGACACACUGGCACUUAGUAUCUUCGCCGUGUUUUCAUUCCCAUUUUUAUUAAUAAUAAAAUGAGGGAACGCUUAUGAUUAUGUCUGGCGAACGGGAGAGAGGGGGACAGGCGAGUCCACUUGAGCCGUCUGUCUAAUGACACCCGUUAAUACUCAACGGUUAUGACAAGAGUUGCAGUACAGGCCUCAACGCUUGCUUGAGAUAACGAGGAAAGUCUUCUCUAUCUGUCGUCUAAAGUCCGUUAACCGCACUGAUAGAAAAUAUUAUUUUUAUUGAUAUGUCUUUCUCUCCAGGGGGCUUAAAAAAUUAAGGAAUGUGAAAUUCCAUAAAAUUCGAGAUAGGAAUGAGUGUUGCGUUGUGAAGGUUGUGAGUUGGAUUCUCGGGGGACUCAAAAUUUAUCAAGAGCUACAGCCGCAUGCGUAGGGUUCCAAGACGGCUAAUUAGCCAACAGAAAAGAAAGCAGAAAGAUAAAAAUCUUCAAAAACGUAUCAAUAGUAACAGAUUUGAAGGGUCUCAGUUAGCAUAGAAUAUCUGAUAUUCUAUUCUGAAUCGAACCGAGAUCCUUCGGUGUUGUCGACGGGCACCCGGUUAAGGUUUCUCUCUUCCACUGCUCCCCGUUAUAUUUUUUAAAAUCCAUUAGCAUUUUGUCACUUCAACCAAGCACAUUUGAGCAAUUUUAAUUCUAAUAAUUUAAGUAAUAAUUUUGUCGUCUUUUGGAUUAAUUAUUUGCUGGAGUCCGUACUCGCACAGGGAUCAACUUCUCCUUCAUUUCACUGGCCAGUUGGCAUUUCUUUUUGCUACGGAGCGUCUUGAAACUCGUUUUCUCCUCCGAGGUUUAAGAUAGGCGUAACUCCCAUUAACAAUUAAGAAGACAUGCCCAAGGGGGACCCGGGGCAUUGCUUUGCGGAAGAUAUGGUCUCGCUCUCCUCUUCUUUCGCGUUGAGAAUUCAGCGGGGAGUUGAGUGCAGAGUCGCGGUAAUGCCGAGGGGGUAAUUUAAGGGAAGAUAAUCACACGAAAUGUCUUCUUUUAUUUUUUGCAAUUUUUUUUCGGUGGGAGGCAGACGCUUGACGUAGUGGAUUCUACUGUCUCACGGGUUGCUUUGAGUUGUUCUGGCUGGGACGAAAAAAUGCCUGGGAAAAGGUGGAUUAAUAUAUUUUCAUUGCACUGUGCGGAAAAGUAUUUUUUACCUAGUGCAGGCUUUCCAGCACGAGCCGACAGCGAGUACUAUUAUCCCACGGGAUAAAAAACACUUUCCCCGUGAGUAGCGAAUAACAUUCUUCACCCUAAUGUCGGAAAAUUGUAAUGAAAAAAAAAAUUCCAUGGAGAAUUCAGAAUAUUAUUUUUAUGGUGCACUCCUCCUGAUAUGUUCUAAAAUUAACUGUUUAAUUUUUGUACAAAGUAACAGACAACUGUUGACUCAACGCAAUAAAGUAAAUAUGUACAUAUAAAUCAUUG